GCCUUCUUGGUCUUGGGGCUGUCCUCGCGUCCCCGGGGAUGAGGCUGGGGGUUGGGAUUUGGUCGGGACGCGUCUCGCCUGGUUUGAGGGUUUCUGGGGGCUCUCAGCUCGCUCAGUCCUCCUCCCUCCAUCCCACCUGUGAGGCUACUUUCUCACAGUUUAGGGUUGGGAUGUUAUUAAUCUCCCUGUACCUCCCACUGCUGUUCUUUAAAAUGGGGACUUUAGGACCAUCCUAAUGAAAUCGUUUUGGGAACUGGAAGAGGUAACACAAAUGAAAGCCUUAAAGCAGUCCCUCCCUUAGUGACUGGUAGUCUCUUCUUAGUGUUAUUUUCCCACGAAGCCUGUCAGGUCCGCGGGUGGGGUCAGAGCUCCAGCUGCAGGGACCCCCGUCCUUGUCUCUGAUUCCUGCAGGACGCUGGGUGAUCCCGGACGCUUCUGACCUCUUUUUAGGAAGGCGAGGGUUGUUUCCACUUCCACGAAGGGAGAGGAACAUUUAACUUUAAUGCGGGACGGCAACGCGGUCAGGGUGUUUCACAGCUUUCUCCUUCCCCAGCCUGAUUCUCAAAAAGAGCUGCAGGGAGGGACUUCUUGGCUACUGAGGGCAAAGCUCUACGAGAGUGGUCCUUGGCUUUUUUUCUUUUACAGAGAUGCUCACCCCAACCAAGAGUGUAGAUGUGUCCUCAGGCAUGGGUGUUGAUAAUAAUUAAGCCUCAGUUGGUAACUUUAUCCCGAGGGCUUUAUACAAAUAAUCACAUUUUCGCCACACCGUGGCUCUGUGGAGAGGUACUACUUUUUUCCGUUUUAAAGAUGAGUGAGAUACAAAGGAGCAGGAGUUAUCUGAGAAUAGUCACCUAAGUAGUAAGAGGUGGAGCUGCGGUUGAAACCUGGGCAUUAGAGGUCAGAGCCUUAGUUGAUAAUCUUUUGGAUACAUUCUCAUUGAGGCAGAGGAACUAGCGGGAAUCUGGUGGGGAAAGCAAGCUAGGACUUGAUUGAAGGGACCUUGAGAGCAAGGCUCAUGGGCUUGGACUGUUCUGGGACUUUAUCAACUAUUUCAUUCAUUAGAACUAUUUCAUUUAUUACAAAUAUUUCACUUGUUAUGCAACGGUAUCAUUGUGGAGCGUUCAGAAAUUGGAGAGAUACGAGUAGUACAAGUUUAUAAUUACCCAGGAAUCCGCAUGUAAAGAUAGUAACUGUUAAACUUCGAGUGCAUUUUUUUUUUUUUUUUGAGACGGAGUCUCGCUGUGUUGCCCAGGCUGGAGUGCAGUGGCACGAUCUCGGCUCACUGCUAGCUCCGCCUCCCGGGUUCAUGCUAUUCUCCUGCCUCAGCCUCCUGAGUAUCCGGGACUACAGGCGCCCACCACCAAGCCCGGCUAAUUUUUUUGUAUUUUUAGUAGAGAUGGGGUUUCACCGUGUUAGCCAGGAUGGUAUCGAUCUCCUGACCUCAUGAUCCACCCGCCUCGGCCUCCCAAAGUGCUGGGAUUACAGGCAUGAGCCACCACAUCCGGUGCAUUUCUUUUUGGUCUUUCUUUUGGUAUAUUUGCAUAUUUAUUUAUAAAUAUUUAAACAAAAUUUUAUAACUUAAAAAAUGUGUUUUCCCUUUGUGUUUAACUAUGGAAAUUUGGAAACACUGCCAAGAGGGAAAUAACUGGUGAACUGCCAUGUUAUAUCAUGCUCAUCCUAAUUUAUCUCAUUGUUAUCUCAUUUUUUUUUGUAAAUGUUUCCUAAUAUUGGCCGGGCGCGGUGGCUCACGCCUGUAAUCCCAGCACUUUGGGAGGCCGAGGUGGGCGGAUCACCUGAGGUCAGGAGUUUGAGACCAGCCUGACCACCAUGGAGAAACCCCAUUUCUACUAAAAAUACAAAAUUAGCCAGGCAUGGUCGUGCAUGCCUGUAAUCCCAGCUACUUGGGAGGCUGAGGCAGGAGAAUCGCUUAAACCUGGGAGGUGGAGGUUGUGGUGAGCCAAGAUUGCGCCAUUACACUCCAGCCUGGGCCACAAGAGCGAAACUGCAGCCUCUGCCUCCCGGUCUCAAAAAAAAACAAAAAAAGUUUUUAACAUUUUAUUUUCAUAUCAUUUGAAACCUAUAGAAAAAUUGCAAAAAUAGUGUUAGAAGUUCUCAUAUAAUCUUUACCCAAAUUUGCCAAAUGUUUACAUUUUUCCUGUUUGCUUUGUUGUUGCUGAUCACCCAGCUACCACCAUGAACAUACCCGUAGCCAGGGACAGUUGCUUGUAGCUUUCUGCAGCCAAGAAGCCCACAUUUCAAGAUAAUUGUGCAGUGUCUUGGUAAGAGGUGUUUAGGAAGGGCUGGUUACAGGGUUUCACAUAACAUGCUAGAUACUAUUAGAUAUUAUACUGUCUAGGCAUGGUGGCUCAUGUCUGUAAUCUUAGCACUUUGGGAGGCCGAGGCAGGUGGAUCACUUGAGGCCAGGAGUUCAAGACCAGCCUGGCCAACAUGGAGAAACCCCAUCUCUACUAAAAAUACAAAAAUUAGCCGAUUUGUCCACUGUGAAGUUACUUUUUUAAAAUUUGAGGUGGCGUGUGCCUGUAAUCCCAGCUAUUAGGGAAGCUGACACAUGAGAAUCAUUUGAACCCGGGAGGCAGAGGCUGCAGUGAGCUGAGAUGGCGCCCCUGCACUCUGGUCUGGAUAACAGAACGAGACUCUGUCUCAAAAAAAUAAUUAAAUAUUAUAUUAAAUAAUAUUGUUAUCUAUUACAUAUCAGAUAGAGCUGUUAAAAAGCUACUAAUAAUAGUUAUAGUGUUGUUUAUUAGAUAGUGUUGGAUACCAUAUUACAUAACAUUGUUAUCUAAUCUGCAGCUUCCAUAUUUAAAUUUGUUCAGUUUUUUAUUUUGGUCCUUAUAACUAUCCCUUGCCCCACUUUUAACCUGUAACCCCAUUCAAAGUCCAAUUUUAUGCAUUGUCUUUAUUGUCACAUUUCUAUACUUCUCUUUAAUCCAGAAGGAUUCCACAGCCUUUGUCUUUUAUAUGCAUGGUUUUUUGAAGAGUAUAGGCAAGUUAUUUUAUAGGAAGACAUUCAUUUGGGGCUUAUCUGAUAAAUUUCAUGUUUAGGUUUAGAUUAUGCAUUGUUGAUAGGGAUACCAUAGUAGUGGUGAGGUGUCCUUUUCAUUGCAACAUAACAGUGUCCAAAUGAUGUUGGUUUGUCCCUUCACUGGUGAUCUCAGUUUUGUUCACUUGGCCAAGACAAAGUCUUUCAGAUUUGUCCACUGUGAAGUUACUUUUUUUAAAUUUUGAAAAUUAUAAUAAAGUUUCUUAUGGGGAGAUAUGUUAUUAGUGGACAUUCUACCAUAAAGAUGAGUUUCCAUUUCUCCCCCAUUUAUUCAUUCCUUCAUUCAACUAUAAACUAUUGAUAUGGACUCAGAAUUCAGUCUUACUGAUUUCAAUGACAUGUAGAUUAACAUUACUUUUUCCAAUUCUGUCAAGAUGUAUUUCACAUAUAUCUUUCACCCAUUUCAGGCAUGGAACUCAAUGAUAUUUAGGAAUUUUGUGAAGUGGAAUAACCAUGAUCAUGAUUCAGUUUAGAUCAUUUUCAUCUCCCAGUUGUGCCCAUUUAUAGUUAAACCUCAUUCUCACCUCAAAUAUGAAGCAACCACUAAUCUACUUUCUCUACUAUACAUUCUGAACAUUUCAUAUAAAUGCGAUCAUACAGUCCACGGGUUUUUGUGACUGGCUUCUUUCAUUUAACAUAAUGUUUCCAGGGUUCAUGCAUGUUGUAGCAUGAGUCAAUAUUUCAUUUCUUUAAAUUUCCAAGUAAGAUUUCAUUGUAUGGAUAGGCGACAAUUUGUCCAUUUACCCAUAGGAAGGCAUUUUGGUUGUUUGCAAUUUUGGGUUAUUAUGAAUAAUGCCGCUGUGAACAUUCAAGUGCUAAUUCACAACACAUGUUCGUAUUGUUGGGUGGCAUCCCUGACCACCCCUUCAUGUCUCUUUUUUUUUGCCUUCCAUGGCACGUUCCAGGCACAAUUCUGUCUUCUCUUGAACUGCAUAACUGAGAACUCUGCAAAUUCCCCAAAGGAGGAGGAAAAAUGACCAUGUUCAGGGGCAUCAACCUUCCCACCGAGAUACUUUUCACUUCCGAAGAGAAGAAAAGUUUUGGAUCAUGGAGACAGCAACCCAAAGAGAAGGGAAUUCAGGAGGCAAGAUCCAAACUGAGUUGGAGUCUGUUCCAGCAACAGGACCACAUGAAGAGUGGUCUUGCCAGCAAAUCUGGGAACAAACUGCAAGUGAGUUAACUAGACCUCAAGACUCCAUAAGUAGCUCUCAGUUCUCCACACAAGGUGAUGUCCCCUCCCAGGUUGAUGCAGGACUAUCUAUAAUUCACAUAGGAGAGACACCUUCUGAGGAUGGGAAGUGUAAAAAAUUCUUCAGUGAUGUCUCCGUCCUUGAUCUUCAUCAACAGUUACACUCAGGAAAGAUAUCCCAUACAUGUAAUGAGUACAGGAAGAGAUUCUGUUAUAGCUCAGCUCUUUGUAUUCAUCAGAAAGUUCACAUGGGAGAGAAACUCUAUAAGUGUGACGUGUGUAGUAAGGAAUUUAGUCAGAACUCACAACUGCAAACUCAUCAGAGAAUCCACACUGGAGAGAAACCAUUCAAAUGUGAGCAGUGUGGGAAAAGUUUCAGCCGUAGAUCAGGAAUGUAUGUUCAUUGCAAAUUACACACAGGAGAAAAACCUCAUAUUUGUGAGGAAUGUGGGAAGGCCUUCAUUCACAAUUCCCAGCUUCGGGAACAUCAAAGAAUCCAUACUGGGGAGAAGCCAUUCAAAUGUUAUAUAUGUGGUAAGAGCUUCCAUAGUAGAUCAAAUCUUAAUAGGCAUUCCAUGGUCCACAUGCGAGAGAAAUCAUUUAGAUGUGAUACCUGUAGUAAUAGCUUUGGUCAGAGACCAGCACUUAAUAGUCAUUGCAUGGACCACACAGGAGAGAAACUAUACAAAUGUGAAGAAUGUGGAAGGAGCUUCACUUGUAGGCAAGAUCUUUGUAAGCAUCAGAUGGACCAUACAGGAGACAAACCAUAUAAUUGUAACGUAUGUGGGAAGGGCUUCAGGUGGUCCUCAUGUCUUUCAAGACAUCAGCGGGUCCACAAUGGAGAAACAACAUUCAAGUGCGACGGAUGUGGGAAGAGAUUUUAUAUGAAUUCACAGGGCCAUUCACAUCAGAGAGCCUACAGAGAAGAAGAACUGUAUAAAUGUCAGAAGUGUGGGAAGGGCUACAUUAGUAAGUUUAAUCUUGACUUGCAUCAGAGGGUCCACACGGGAGAGAGACCUUAUAAUUGUAAGGAAUGUGGAAAGAGCUUCAGGUGGGCCUCAGGUAUUUUGAGACAUAAGAGACUCCAUACUGGAGAAAAACCAUUCAAAUGUGAAGAGUGUGGGAAGAGGUUUACUGAGAAUUCAAAACUUCGUUUCCAUCAAAGAAUUCACACUGGAGAAAAGCCUUACAAAUGUGAGGAGUGUGGAAAGGGAUUCAGAUGGGCCUCAACUCAUCUAACCCAUCAAAGACUCCACAGCAGAGAAAAACUAUUCCAGUGUGAGGAUUGUGGGAAGAGCAGUGAGUACAGUUCAUGCCUUCAAGACCAACAAAGAGACCACAGUGGAGAAAAAACACCCAAAUGUGAGGACUGUGGGAAGCGCUACAAGAGGCGCUUGAAUCUAGAUAUGAUUUUAUCAUUAUUUUUAAAUGAUACAUAAUUAUUGUCCGUAUUUAUGGGUUACAGCAUAUUUCAAUACAUAUAUACAAUGUAUAAUGAUCAAAUCAGUGUUAUUAGCAUAUCCGUCACCUCCUUUAUCAUUUAUUUGUGUUGAUCGUUUAUCAUUUCUUUGUGUUUUGAACCUUCAAAAACUGCUGUUCUAGUUAUUUGAAAAUAAGUUAUUAUUAAUUAUAGUCACCUUUAGUGCUGUGGAACACUAGAACUUGUUCCUUUCAUCUUAUUGUACUUUCGUAUCUGUUAACCAAUAUUUCAUCAUCUACCCUCCCUCCUACUUUUCUCUUCUAGUAAUUGCUAUGCCACGCUGCUUCUGCUUUUUUUUUUUUUUUUUUUUUUUGAGAACAGAGUCUUCCAGGCUUGAGUGUAAUGGCAUGAUCCUGACUCACUGCAUCCUCCACCUCCUGGGUUCAAGCGAUUCUCCUGACUAAACCUCCUGAGUAGCAGGGAUUACAGGCAUGCGCCACCACACCUGGCUAAUUUUUGUACUUUUUUUUUUUUUGAGACGGAGUAUCGCUCUGUCACCCAGUCUGGAGUGCAAUGGCCUGAUCUCGGCUCACUGCAACCUCUGCCUCCUGGGUUCAAACGAUUCUCCCUGCCUCAGCCUCCCGAGUAGCUGGGACUACAGGCGACCGCCACCACACCUGACUGAUUGUUGUAUUUUUAGAAGAGAUGGGUUUUUGCCAUAUUGGCCAACCUGGACUUGAACUCCUGACUUCAGGUGAUCCGCCCACCUCACCCUCUCAAAGUGCUGGGAUUACAGGCAUGAGCCACCAUGCCCACCAUGCCUAAAAAUUUUUGUAUUUUUAGUAGAGAUGGGGUUUCACCACAUUGGCCAGGCUAGCCUUGAACUCCCAACCUCAAAUGGUCCACCUGCCUUGGCCUCCCAAAGUGCUGGGAUUACAGGCAUGAGCCACCGUGCCCAGCCAAUGCUAUGCUGCUUCUGUGAUGUCAACUUUUUAGCUUCCACAUAUGUGUGAGAACAUGUGGUAUUUAUCUUUCUGGGCCUGAAUUUACAUCACUCAACAUCAUGUUCUCCAAAGCUUAUCUUUAUCUUGCCAUAAAUGACAGAAUUUUAUUAUUUUUUAUGGUUAAAUAGUGUACCUUUGUGUAUGUGUGCCACAUUUUCUUUACCAUUUUCUGUUGAUGAACACUUAGAUUGGUUCCAUAUGUUAGCUAUUGCAAAUAGUACUAUAAUAAAUAUAGGAGUGCACAUAGGAGUUCAACACACUGAUUUCCUUUCCUUCGGAUAUACAGCUAGUAGUGGGAUUGCUGGAUCACUUGAAUGUUGAUAUGCGUAAGAGGAGCUACACUGGAGAAGAACCGUGGAAGUGUGGAGAUUGUGGUACAUGCUUCAGUCAGGGCUCACAUCUUCAAAUUCAGUGUCUGUUCUGUAGAGAAACCUUAAUAAUGUCAUAUAUGUGACAGCAAAGAGUUAUAAGGUAUGAAUAUGUUAAUUUUAGUAGAUGCUUCCGAAAAGUAUUUCAAACUGGUUGUACCACUAUAAACUCUGACCAUUAUUAGGCAAGAAUUGGCUUUUUUUUUUUUCUUUUAAGACAGUCUUGCUGUGUCACCCAGACUGGCAUGCAGUGGAAUGAUCAUGGCUCCCUGCAGCCUUGACCUCCCAGGCUCAAGAAAUCCUUCUGUCUCAGCCCCUCAAAAGCUGGGACUAUAGGCAUGCAACAACACGCCUGGCUAAAUUUUUGUUGUAGAGAUGGGGUCACACUAUGUUGCCCAAAUUGGUCUCAAACUCUUGGGCUCAAGCGAUUCUCCUUCCUCAGCCUCCCAAAGUGCUGGGAUUACAGGCCUGAGCCAUGCGCCCAGCAUUCUGUUUUGUUUUGUUUUUGAGAUGGGGUCUCUCGGUGUUGCCCAGGCUGGAUUGCUUAUUCACAGAUGCAGUUACAGUACCCUAUAGCCUCGAACUCCUGAGCCUAAGUGAUCCUCUUGCUUCAACCCCCUGAGAAGCUGGAACUACAGGCAUGGACCACCACCCCUGACUGAUCUUCUUUAGUUUCUAUCAACAAAUUAGUACACUGUUUCCACAAACUUGGGAGGGCUAGUAUUUUUUUGGGGGAAAAUCACUAAACAACAAAGAAAAUCUGAUGAAUUGGACAGCAUAAAAAUAUUGGCAUAAAGAUGAACAUAACAUAAGCAGGAAUAUUUAAAGCACAUACUUUUUAUAGAGUGUCUCCCCUGUAAUGUCUCUGGUUAAAUGAAAGGAUUUCAAAUGUGAAGACAACCCUAACCAUACUCAUUACCUGUAAAAGAUGUAGCAUUGUCAUGGACCCCUUAAUAAACGUAAAGACUUUAAUCCAUCUGAAGGUGCAUUACAUUUCUGAAGUUUCCAACCCUGACAAGGUGAUGGGCUUACGGAUGAAAACUCAUGAAUGGGAAAAACUCAGCUAUUGUUAAAGCCCAAUAUAUUUUAUUAAAGAUAUUGGGGCUUCUCCUAAAUCUAGUUAGUGAUGAAUUUCAAGUCUAGAGCCAUCACUGAAUCCUUGUCCACAUUCAUUACACAUAGGUUUUCUGAGCAAAUUGUCUGCUGGUUAUGAGAGGUCUUCUCCAGUGCCAAAGUGAGUAUAAUAACCUUGCUUUUGGCCAGGCGCGGUGGCUCAUGCCUGUAAUCCCAGCACUUUGGGAGGCUGAGGUGGGCGGAUUGCCUGAGGUCAGGAGUUUGAGACUAGUCUGGCCAACAUGGUGAAACCCCGUCUCUAUUAAAAAUACAAAAAAAUUAGCUCAAUGUGGUGGUGGCAUGCGCCUGUAAUCCCAGCUACUCAGGAGGCUGAGGCAAGGGAAUUGCUUGAACCAGGGAGGUGGAGGUUGCAGUGAGCCGAGAUCGCGCCAUUGCACUCCAGCCUGAGCGACAGAGCGAGACUCCGUCUCAAAAAAUAAAAAUAAAAAUAAAAGUAAAAGUAAGCGAGCUUGCUUUCUUUUAUGUGCUCCUUGAUUUUGAUGGUGAUGUGAAAUCAAACUGAAGCUGAAAAUACAAUAAUCACAUUUAUACAGGGCAUUUUUCAAGGAAAUUUAUUGAUUUUUACUUUAAUAAUUUAGUGCCUCACUUUUGUAAGUCUCGUGUAAGUGGCCAGGCAUGGUGGCUCACACCUGUAAUUCCAGCACUUUGGGAGGCUGAGGCAGAAGGAUCACCUGAAUCUAGGAGUUCGAGACCAGCUUUUUACAGAGUAUCUCCCCAAUAAUGUCUCUGGUUAAAUGAAAGAUUUUCAACUGUGAAGACAACCCUAACCAUACUUAUAUUCUAAUUCCUUUGCCUUUCCAUAUAAAUUUUAGAAUAAUUUUAUAUCUACAAAAUAUCUUGCUGGAAUUUUGAUAGUAAUUAUUUUAACCCUGUGUAUCAAUUUGGGGAGAAUGAACAUUUUUGCUAUAUUGAGUCCCACAAUCCUCAAACAUACAAUGUCUCUCCAUUCAUUUAAUAUUGUUGGAUUUUCUUCAUCAGUGUGUUGUAAUUUUCAUCUUACAACCCUUGUACAUCUUUUGUCAAACUUCCUUCUAGGUAUGAACUUUGAUUUCCAUGUGUUCAUUGCUAGUAUAAUAUAUAUAAAUUAAUUUUGUUAUGCUGAUCAUGUA